AUGGUACGCUCACUUAUCCAAGCUGGAGCAGAUGUCAACGCAUUAGCCUUUUGCUCCAAUAGAACGGUUCUUGAUCUAGCGAUCAGUCUAGCAAAUUUCACCAUCGUGGACAUUCUGCUUGAAGCUGGUGCUGAUGUGAACAAUCCCAUUGCCAUCGAGCUUGGAGCCAGUGCUCUUGAAGAGGCUGUUCACAAGUCUAAUAUUCUUCUUGUGCAGAAGUUGCUCAGUCACGGAGCCAAUAUCGAUAAUCCAGUUUUGGUAGCGUCCGUUUUUGCCCCGAUCCGGAUACUCCUGAUACUUUUGUCGACUCAUCGAACUCGCCACAUGUCUGUUUUUCAUGGUCAAGGGUGCCAUGCACUUCAACUGGCAAUCUUAAGAAACGACAUAGAGAAAGUGGAGAUCUUGCUCGAUUUUGGAAUUCAAGUGAAUUGGAUUUCGAUGCCAGUGCCUGGCUUCCAACGGAGACAUCUACCCGAUAAUGCUCAGAUUGAAUAUGGAAUAUCGGCUUUGGGUAUCGCCAUUGAAAGUAUGGGUAAAAUCAGUGACUCUGUUGUUCAUCUGAUUCUCCAAAGGGCAGGCUCAGUCAAUCUCCCAGCAAAAGUCUGUCCCUCGACAAGCGCGAUAUAUCUGGCUAUUGAAAAAAGCAAUGCCCGGGCUGUGGAAAUAUUGAUCAGCUUCGGAGCCAAUGUUAAUGAAGCUUCUACGUGGGAUCUUUCCCGCACGCCCCUUCAAUUAGCAGCAGAGAAGGCUCAGUUAAACGUGGUGCAGUUACUUUUGAAAAACACAGCAGAUAUCAAUGCCCCUGCCUUUUUCAAGGGCGGUGCUACUGCUUUGCAACUGGCUAGCAUUCGAGGUGAUGUCGAGAUUCUGCGAGUAUUGUUAAAUGCUGGGGGUGAUUUGAGUGCAUCUGGUGCCGAGAUUGAUGGGAGAACGACUGUUGAAGGAGCGGCAGAACAUGGACGCUUGGAUAGUUUGAUGUUACUUGUUACGUGGGGCGCCUACAAUAAUAUGGGAUUCGAUGAUGCGCAUUACAGGAAGGCAAGGAACCUGGCUCGCGAGAAUGGACAUUUGACUGUUUGUCGUUUCCUAGAUUCGAUUAUCAAUAAAUGA